GCCCGCCAUUUGAUUCAUUGGUGGGAAGCAAAUCACUUUUCUGCCUGCUUGUUUUUGAACUUCGAAUUUUCCUCGAAUUCGGCUUGUAACAGAUCUAAAUUUUACGAGCCUUGAGGAAAAUAAAUAGAGUGUCUGCAUUUACAUUCUAGUAGGAUUGAAAAGUUAUCUUUUCCCUCUUUCUUCUUACAAUGGCGGGUGGUCGUGAGAGAGCUGUGGCAGAAAGAAGCCUCGUUUGUUUGUUACAAGCUGUGGAAGGUCAUAGGACCAUUGUGGAAUUACGAAACGAGUCAUCGGCUGAAGGACUGAUUGAAAAUGUUGAUGGUUUUAUGAAUGUCAGAAUGUCAGAUGUCAAGUUUACUAAAGGAAACGGUGGUGAUGUAGUGGACUUUCCGACUAUGUUUAUUCAUGGAAGACAGAUUCGAUAUGUUCAGAUACCUGAUUACAUCGAUAUGAGGAAAGCCAUCGAAGAACAGUUGGCCAAAAUAGGAAGGACGAGGAAACCUCCCCCCAGAAGAAUGAAAAAGGCGAGAGGAAAAACGUGAAGGUAACUUCACGUGGCCAAAGAGACCAGUUAUAGAGAAAUAUUACAA